AUGGAGCAGUUCUAUCUCUCUCUUCUGCUCAUGUUUGUGUCUUUUGUCUGUCUCUCCUUUUUCAUAAUUUUCUAUAGACAUAAUGCUCAGUUCUCCGUCCCCAACUUGCCACCGGGAAAGAUGGGGUUUCCUGUGAUCGGAGAGAGCAUGGAGUUUCUGUCAUUGGGAUGGAAAGGGCAUCCCGAGAAGUUCAUCUACGAACGCAUGGCAAAGUACUCUUCCGAAGUGUUCAAGACCUCUAUCUUUGGGGAGAGUACAGUUAUGCUCUGUGGAGCCACAUGCAACAAGUUCUUGUUCUCUAACGAGAACAAACUCGUCGUGUCUUGGUGGCCAGACAAUGUGAACAAGAUAUUCCCGUCGUCGUCUCUCACCAGCUCUAAAGUUGAAGCCAAGAAAUUGAGGCACAUGCUCCCUCAGUUUCUCAGCGCCCAAGCCCUCCAACGUUACAUCGGCAUCAUGGACACUGUUGCUCAAAAACACUUUGCUUUAGAAUGGGAGAACAACACCCAUGUCACCGUGUUUCCCUUGGCCAAGAGGUAUACCUUCUGGGUGGCUUGCCGUUUGUUCGUAAACUAUGAUGAUCCGAUCCAAGUGGCAAAGUUGGCAGAACCUUUCAAUAAAAUAGCCUCAGGAAUCAUGUCAUUGCCCAUUGAUUUGCCCGGAACUCCGUUCAACAAAGCGAUCAAGGCCUCCAAGUUCAUUACGCAGAAGCUGUUGAAGAUUAUCAAACAGAGGAAGGUGGAUUUGGCUAAUGGAACCUCACCGACACAAGACAUUUUGUCUCACAUGUUGUUAUCAUGCGAUGAGAAUGGAGAAUAUAUGAGUGAACAAUUUAUUGCUGACAAGAUCCUUGGCCUGUUGAUAGGAGGCCACGACACCGCAAGUUCUGCAUGCACUUUUGUGGUCAAAUAUCUUGCUGAGCUCCCUAAAAAUAUUUAUGAAAAUGUCUACCAAGAACAAAUGGCAAUUGCAAAAUCGAAAGCUAAAGGAGAGUUGUUGAAUUGGGAUGACAUCCAGAAGAUGAAAUAUUCGUGGAAUGUUGCUUGUGAAGUUCUGAGACUUGCCCCUCCACUCCAAGGGGCUUUUAGGGAAGCCAUGAAUGACUUUAUCUUCAAUGGAUUCUCAAUUCCAAAAGGCUGGAAGUUGUAUUGGAGUGCAAGUUCAACACAUAGGAAUCCAGAGUGUUUUCCAGAGCCAGAGAAAUUUGAUCCAAGUAGAUUUGAAGGAACAGGACCAGCUCCUUAUACUUUUGUGCCAUUUGGUGGAGGACCAAGGAUGUGCCCUGGAAAAGAGUAUGCUCGAAUGGAAAUAUUGGUUUUCAUGCACAACAUAGUGAAGAGGUUCAAGUGGGAAACUCUUAUUCCUAAUGAGAAUAUUAUCAUUGAUCCCAUGCCUGUUCCUGCCAAAGGCCUUCCAAUUCGUCUUUAUCCUCACCAAGUUUGA